GGUUGUUAGCGCUAGGCGGCGAAAAAGUCGACACGUUCCUUCAGGGGGCCGCGCGCGUCGGGCCGGCUGUCGCCUGGGACUCUGAGUACAAAACUUUUACCAGCAAAAACAAGCAAGUAACUGUACUUGAGAAGAACUUCAAGAAACUUACGGGUUUCUUCUGUUUGAAAGUGAGAAUCAGACCUAGAAAUUGAAUCCAUAGCUGCCUUCUCACUGAACUCCACCCCCCGUGACACACGCACACACUUUUUUUUAGAAACAGGUUCUUGAAUUACUUCUAUGAACUUUAAAGCAGGACUGUUAUUAUGUGACCCAGUCAGAUCUGACCUUACAUAAUUGUAGCUUUUCAGUAUAGGGAACCUAAGAAGAUGGCAACACCAGCUCAUAAAAGCAUACAUGAAGACAAUAAAAAUGUUCUCAUGUCUCCAUGGAAAGGAAAAUUAACUGUUCAAAAUUGUGUGCUGUGUGAUAUAACUUUGUGGUCCAAUAAUGGUGCAGUAAUUCCCGCACAGUUACCACACAUACUAGAUUUUGAGUAUGUAAUUCAAGUGUCAUCUUUGAGAGAAAAACUGCCAGAAGCUGCUUUGAGAAAACAGACUUACUCAGAGGAAAGAGUCUGUUCCCAAGAUUUGUGCUUCAAUUUGUAUGAGGCAGAACUGUCAAACAAACAAGGGAAAGAAGUAGAUAAAUUAAUAUACUACGUUGAAAAUAAGCAAUUGGCAAUCAUCAAAUGCUUAGAAGAUCGAGGGUUUGUCAUUUUACUUCCAUCGUCAGCCUUAAUAACAGAGCCAGAUAAUGGAGAUGAACAGAUGAGUCUGCAAGUGUUACAUUUGUUCCGUUCACCCCUGGCCACAGAGGUGAAAGUUUUGAAAAUUGAAGAUGACAUCUUAUGGAAGGUGGUUCCUAUUUUACCUGCUCUUAAUUGUGCCCUCCUAGAAGCAAAGAAAUUACUUCCUGAAGAAGGACCUCAUCCAAACACAUUAGUAAUGCAUAAUUUCCAAGAAUUGUACAAGGUGAACAAAAGCCUUUCACUGACUGCCACUCCUCAGGAUGGAAAGAAAGAGACUGCAAUCUUUGGGAAACUGUCCAGUAGUUUUGAUUUGGUUCCUCCACCCGAAAAGUGCCCUAUGGAAUCUUUAACUCGUUUGAAGUCUUAUUUUUCAGAUCCUAGUGGUUAUACUUUGGAAGUAUCUGCUGCUUUGGAUUUGUUAGCAGAACAUCCUCCAUCUCCUUAUAUUUCAGAUGGAAUUUGUGAUGCUGGAUUUUCUUUAGUUAUGACUCCAGAUCCUGAAUUUCUUGAUUCAGAGGUAGAAAUAAAAAAAAAAACUCAAAUGGAAAAAAAUUGUGAAGAAAUGUUUAAAGCAAAGAAGGCAGCUGUGGUUCCAUUGAGUGCAGCGUCAAAUCUGAGAGUACAGCCAAAGAGAAAGGCCAGCACUCUGCCCACAGUGCCCAGUAAGAGAGUGAACCUGUGCCGCCCAUUUGCCAAAAGAACUACACCUGGAGCAGACAGCGGCUCGUACUCUCCCCCAACUCUAAAGUUAGUUAAAGGACAGUUUCCUCAGAAAAGAAAAAGAGGUGCGGAAGUGCUGACUGCACAGUUUGUACAGAAAACCAAAUUGAAUAGGAAAAACCAAGAAGUUCCUAUUUCUAAAGAUGUUCCAGUGGCAACAAAUGCUAAAAGGGCAAGGAGACAAGAGAAAUCUCCAGUCAAAACUGUUCCAAGGGCUAAGCCACCUCUGAAGAAAUCUCCACAAAAGCGGAGAGUAAAUGUAGUAAAAGGCAUUGAGAAUCCCAGAAUCCGAAAGCAGCUACAACCUGCCAAAGAAGAAACUGCUUUACAGCUUCAAUCAGAAAUUUCAUCAGAUGGUCAAAAAGAUGGAAUUAGCAUAAGUACAGCUCAACCACAAAGUACCACAGUGGCUCAAAAAGAUCUUCCUGAAAACGCCAUUGUCAACUAUGACUCCCAGGCCUUAAAUAUGUUAGCUGAUCUAGCAUUAAGCUCUGCUGCCUCUUCCAAACCAUUAUGUGAGGCUAGAGACCUUCCCUGCUCCUCUGAAUUGCCAGAAAAUGAUGUUUUACUCUCCAAAGAAAGUUCACCAAGUGGUACUUCUGACCAUGAAUAUCAUAGGGGAGUUAAAAGUCAAAAAGGUGUACUAUUACCUAGAUCAUCCUGUGAUCAGAAGAAUAAUUCAGGGUCAGACUUAACUGUUAGCCAAGAAGAAGAGAACUUAGUUCCUUACAGUCAGACAUCUGCUACUGCCCAGUCAGCACUCCAUAAGCAAACAUUCGAACCUCCAGGUGCAAGCCAAUACACUCUUAUUAUUGUGGAACAUUCAUAUGCCCUACUGCUUGGAGAACAUUCAAAGAAACAUCUACAGCAGAGAGGGUUGCCAGGCCCGGCUUUUGCCAAGAAUGGAACAAAAGGCCCUGACACCGGAACUCCAGUGGGAAAAGUCAUGCCAUUUCGACAUCUGCAGAACACCUCUCCUCUACAAAAGCUUUCUGAGGAUUCAUGGGUAAAGCGCAGAGGUCGAUUUGUAUCUUCCAACCUGAAAAAUGUUUUUUGCUCCCAUACCGUAGUUAGCUGUGACGGGUCUGUUAAGGUCACUUUCAAAUGUGAAACAGAAUAUGCAUUCAACUUAGAUUCCAGAUACACAAACAAUCCACUGGAGAAAACUGUUGUAAGAGCACUGCACGGGCCCUGGAACAUUAAUUUGCCUGAAAAGAUGGAAGAAACAAAACUUCUUCUUCAUAUGUGGGUAGCUCUGUUUCACAGAAAUGAGAACAAAGUCAUACAGUCAUCCCGAAAAGUGGUAGAACAUAGCAACCCAGCGAAAUAUGUGUCUCUGAAUAGCACAUUAGAGUGUUUUGAACUCAGUGAAAUUGAGGAAUCCUCCAGUGUGGAAAAAUGUUCGGUAGAACCUCUGUUGGAGACUAACGGAAUGCCCAGGGGUCACGCAGACGGAGUGUCCUUCCGGGGCCCUGACUGCCUGCUGCCUCUCCUUAAACUGCCGUCUUCCAGAGAGGCGGAACUGUGUGUGCAGGGUGAACAGAAGGAAACCUUUGCAACAGAGUGUCACGCAGAUACCUCAGAGAGUCACAACUUCGCCUAUUCUUGUAAUAAUGAGGUAAUUGGAGGGAAAGCUAAACAAGAAUCUACAGAUAAACUAGAAGCUUCUAAUCUUGUGCUUUCUGUUACUGGAAAUACUCAAACUAAUGAACCUUCUAUUUCUGAUAAAGAUAAAACCUUUCAGUCACUUGAUAGCAAAAGAAUGGUUUCUCGUAAUAACACUGGCACACAAGCCACAUUCACCAGGACUUACGAUGAGCCCAAUAGUCAGUCAGAGAUGUGUGGAAGGUCUGUUCACAGCCCUCUUGAAAGCACAGUGGAUACUUUGCAUACAGCAGUGCAGACAAACACAAGUGCUUUAAAGGACCUUAUCCAGCAUAGCAACCCUAUGCACAGUGAAUUCCAGUCCUCCUUGGAAAGGACAGAUGAUAAUAUGGAAUAUAUGAUGAUUAAUCUAGAACCAGUUACAUUCACUUUGGAAAAGAAUGCUAGUACACCAGUACACACAGAAGUAAGGAGAGCUGAGAAACUUACGGCCUUUAGUAGUGAAUCGAUUAAGCAAGUGUCGCCUGCUGCAAAUGUUAGACAUCCCAUAUCUGCAUCGGAAGAGGCACAGACUGAAGGUGUUAGGGACAUUCCAUCUCUAGCAGUAUCAGGACAGAAGAGCACUAAGUACCUUUCUGCCUUUUCAGGAAAAAGAGAGACGCUUGAUGAAGAACUGUGCUCUUUACGGAAAGAGAUGCCUCUUCGCAUCUCAUCACCAUCACCUGAUAAAGCAUUGAUAAUGGAGGCACUGUCAUUAGUUAAACGUUCUAGUUAUCCGUUACCCAGUGCAGAAAUGAAGCACUCUCAAGAAGUCUGUCUGCAGACUCAGAAUCUCUUUAGCAUAUCUUCAGAAGAGAUAAUAGAACCAUCGCAGGUUGAAGUAGUCUCACCGUCAGCCUGUGCCUCUUUGGGAAAAAGGUAUUCCCAUGAUUGUAUCCCGUCAAAAAGUAAUGUAUCGGGUGACUCUCUAGAACCAAGGAAGAAUGACAAGAGUAGUUUAAGCUGUGCAAAUGUGAAUUUGGAAUCAUUUAGUUCAGUAUUUGCUGAACAAACCAAUUUGCCUAUGAAUGGGCAGGAGGUUGGCUUGGAGUUACAAGAGGAAAAUUCUGAUAUUGACCUAACUCUAACAAUAUCCCCACCUACAAGUCCCAGCGGAAAAGUGCCAACCAAUGAAACAGAGCAACUUCAGGAAGCUCCAGGGUCAAAUCUAGAACUUCAGGAUGUAGCUAAAGAAAUAGUUGAGCCAGAAGAGAUGACCCUCAUAGAAAAGAGAGACAUGAAUUCAGCUAGUUCUAUGUCAGCUUACUCUACAGUGUCAAAAGAACCACUUGAAGACAAGGAGAGAAAAGGUGAUAGUUUACAGCCAAUUACUUUAAUACUUUCUAAACACAAUUGUACCUUUGAGAUUGGGGAGGAAAUCAAUGUUACUUCUGACUUUCCCUUUAAUUCUUUAAUUGAAGAAGUGUCACCAGCUUCUAGUCCUGAUCCCCUAGUACCAAUGGAAGAAACAUGGUCAUCUCAGGCUGUGUCUCCAAGUAGUUUAAAACUUCACGGUACACAAUGUGAGAAAAGUAAAUUCUCCAAGGUUGAGUCAGAAGACUUAGCUGUAACAGAAAAACAAAAUUCUUUCAUUGGUCCUACCCCUCUAGUGGGACAAGAGAACUUAACCCAACUACAGCAAAUUCAGCUCUCUGCUAAUGUACCUCUAAUGCUAACUAAUCCAGGAACAAAAGGUACACUAAUGCUUCCUGGUAAAACAACUGAGGAAAUUGCCCCAAGUGAGCAUGGUGAAGGUUUGUCUUUCUCAGAUAAGGUGCAGUGCUGUGAUCCAGAGUUAAACAACCCUGCUGUAGUUGCCAAUUAUGGAAAUAACAUCAAGCCUUCUCUUGAAAAACUGGUCAAAGCAGGAAAUCCAUUGCAUCCGGUUUGUAUAGAGAAUAAAAAUUUGGGCUUAGAACAUCCUGUCUUAGAGUCAAACAAACCCCCAUUUAGUUGUAGAAAGACUAUUGAAAAUAAAUCUUUGGCCGACACAUUAGUUCCCACAACUGCUCUAAGUGGGAUAGGGAAUAUACCAUUAAAAGAGCAGGGCAGCCCUGAAAGCACUAAGGAAAAUCUCUGUGAUGGUGACUUGAAAACAGAUGGUGGCAGUAACAUGCAGGGCAAGCUUAUGAACUCUGCCUCCAUUGCUGAAACGGAUGUUACGCAGGCAUACCUGCGCCCAGAGAUCCCAGGGUUUGGUUCGGCCUCAGAUAGAGCUACAUUCACCCAGUGUGCAAGACCAGAAAGUGAAGAGCCGGGGUUUCAGACACACGAGAUAUCAGUCAUCAGAAUGGCCAGUCUGCUUGGGAGUAGUAGAACUGAAGCUGAAUUACAUGAAAAUGGUACAGAUCGGGGGGCCGUCAGCCUUCAGUCUAACUCCACACCUUCUGCAAAAGGUGAACAAGAAGCAGUCUACACACUACCGGGUACAUCAGUAUGUGAAAUAAAAGAGUUGUUGAAUGGCGAGUUUUUGCCGACAGAUGUAUGUUCUUACAAAAAUACCAUCCACACCAGUGAAAGCAUCAGUGAAGAACCUUCUGCCUUUGUUCCAGAAUCUGUUGAAACUGUCGUUUAUGGAGUUUCUGAAGAGCACAUUGACAGGAAGACCGCUACUCGGGGCCACAGGGAUGAGGUGGAUUCUGCAAUCCUGGGCAGAAAUACAGGUGUGAGUAGGAAUUCUGACAUGCACUAUGAACCACUUUCUGGAGAUUCUGAUGAAGACUCGCUCGAUAAUUGUAGAAAUCCCAGAUUGGAUAUGGAGAAUUCCAGCAUUUUGAGUAGUAGUUAUACUAGCAAAGAUGAACAUGCUGCAGAAGAUGGCUAUGACUCUCUCAGGAGCUUAAACAACAGUGAUAAUGAAGCUUAUGACUAUUCGAAUGACAUUCAAGAGAUGGAGAUCAGCAUCCCUCCCAGAAACUGGGCCCCUGGACUAGAGAAAGCAGCUAAAUGUGUGCCACAUUAUGUCCAAAUCCGAGACCUCCACGGUAUCCCCAGGAACUAUGCCAACUUUACUGUAACGAGAGAAUUCAAAGACACUACAAGAACUUUGCAUAGGGUAACAAGGCACCCGAGUUGCACUGUAAACUGUGGCCUGCUCAGCUCCUGGACCAGCACUUGGCAGGUGACAGAUGACCUCACACAGAACACGUUGGACCUGGAAUAUCUGCGUUUUACACAUAAAAUAAAACAAGUGGUGAAGGGAGGUUGUCGACAGCCUGACCCACUGCUGCACAUUUCAUUGAGAGAUUUCCCUUUGACAGAAGUGUCUGAGCCCCUAGUUUUGCAUCCUACAUGCAGGAGCAGAAGCCCCAUUCUGGUAACAGUUUUGCAUUCGGACGCCAGUUUCGCCAGACAGCAGAGUCAGCACAGAAGUGGCCGUUCACUCAGUGAUGUGGACAGCUCUUCCUCGUUUUGGAAGGAAAGAUGUAGUCACAGUAGGAAUCUUACAGAUGCUCACAGAAAUCAGGCUGUUUCAUUCCACCUCAACAAACUGAGGUACAACAGUACUUUGAAGGAAUCUCGGAAUGAUAUUUCACUUAUUCUUAAUGAAUAUGCUGAGUUCAAUAAGGUGGUGAUGAACAGCAGCCAUGAUGAUUUCCAGGAUAAACGGUUAAACAGGGCUUCUGAAGAAGCCGUAGCCCCAGAGAUGUAUCCAUCCUUGCCAAGACAGUCCACCUCCUAUGAAGACGUAAUUACAGACUUGUGUGCCAGCUUGCAUACCAAGCUAAAUAGUGUUCUGAAAGAGGCUUGUAAGAGUCCCUUCUUCUUCUACCUUGUUGAAACAGAAGACAACCCAUUCUUUUCAAGAACAAAGAGCAUUCUGAGGAAAGGAGGCCAUACAGAAAUUGAACCUCAGCAUUUCUGUCAAGGUUUUUACAGAAUGAUUGACACUCUAGUAGUCAUCAUCAGAAACGAAGAUAUAUCAUCACAUUUGCAUCAGAUUCCUUCACUGCUGAGGCUAAAGCACCUCCCUGGUGUCAUCUUUGCCGGUGUCGACGACCCUGAAGAUAUUCUGAAUGACACACACCAAGAGCUGUUUCGCACAGGGGGCUUUGUGGUAUCAGAUGACAGAAUACUAGAAACUAUAACAUUAGCUCAGCUAAAGGAAAUUGUCAAAAUCCUGGAAAAACUAAAUGGAAAUGGACGGUGGAAGUGGUUGCUUCACUACAGAGAAAAUAAAAAACUAAAGAAACACAUAAGAAUGGAUUCAGUUGCUCAUAAAAAGAACUUAAUAUUGAGAUCAUAUCAGAGUGCAAAUAUCAUUGAAUUGCUUCCCUAUCACCACUGUGACUCUCGGUUGCAAACAAAAGCAGAAAUUUUGAAAUGUUUGAUAAACCUACAAAUUCAGCAUGUUGAUGCCAGAUUUGCUGUCUUCCUAACAGAUAAGCGUACCUCCAGUGAAGUCUUUGGCAAUAAUGGAAUCCUUGCUACAGAUAUAAAUCACUUCAUUGAAAAUAUCCAACAUAUAGCAGCUCCAUUUAGAAGCAGCUAUUGGUGAUUUAGCUGGAGCUUGCCUACAUGUGGAGGAUGCUACCGACAAAACAGUAUUUUCCUCCUAUUAAAAAAAAGAUACCAACACUCUCCUCAUAUUUGAAAAUUCAAUGUUCUACAAUUUGGAAAGUUUUUCUUCAUUUUUUAUAUUUUCUACAAUGUCUAACUUUACAGUGGCAGUUAGCUGCCACUAGAUUUGGGUUGCAGUGUUGAAUACUGUUUAUUUUUGACACAUGCCUUUGAAGCUAUAAAUAGAACAGGAAUUUUAUAACAUGUUUAUGUAGUUGGAGCAAAAAUAAGUAUUUUAACAAGUAGCUUUGUUUUUGCAUGUUAAUGUCAAAAAAGGAUAUGAAGUGCAUGUGUGAUGGUUUCAAUUUUACCACCCUUGUAAAAAAAAUAAUUUUUUAAAAAAAUGGUUUUACUGGUUGUUAAACAAGCAACACUACACACCCUUUUUUCUAAAUGAUACGCAUUUAUAAACUUUUCCACUACACUACCAAAAUCAACCAUUUGAGGAAGAAAUAAUCAUUUAUUUAUGGUAUUAGAAGUAAUUUCUACAGUAAUCUUUAAAACACAAAAAACCAUUUGUAAAAGAUGCAUAGUUAUCUAUUUGGAGCAGUAGUCUUUUUGUAAGUGAUUUCUUUUUUUAAUAAAGACAACUAAAAAUCA